AUGGCCGAUCGCGGGUCCCAGGACCUCACUUUAGGCGACGAGGACAGUAGAGACGAUAGCGGCGGACUUCAUGCACUUGUUGGUCAAGCCUGGACGACCAUGGCCCCCACGACGCGCGAGAACGACCAAGAUGCGCCGCCUCCGGGAGGAGAGAGACAAGCGGAGCUGGAAGCGCAGCUU